AUUACAAUGAAAUCAGGGAAUAAAUGUCUCUAUUAUUGCAAGCAAUUUUUCAAUCUACUAUUAGGAAUGAGCGGUCUACUUAUGAUUGCAAUAGCCAUUUACAUUUGGGUCGUAGCUAAAAUAUUCUCAGUUAUAGUUAUGUGCAUAUUGGUGUUGGGGGGAAUCCAAUUGUUCCUAUCGUUGAUAUGUAUUGUUCAGAUAUUCAAUCUGUUUAGCAUUGGGAACAAAGAAGGCAAUGUUCAGAAUCAAGUUUUACAACUUCUUCUUAGGAUUCAUACUAUUGGGAUAGAUCACAAUUACAAUCUUAGCAUUUGUUUUGGAGGAUCAAUUUAUCGAUAAGGGUAUAGAGAAUGAUCUAAGAGUGUAGCAAUUGAAAAACUUGAUGAACCCAAAGAGACAGCAGAUGCUCUAAAGGAUUAAUUGAAAAAUCAAUACACGAGGUCCAUUUUCAUUACGCUCGCCAGUUUGGGGAUUUAAAUCAUGUGCUUUGUGUUCAGUGUGUGGUAUAGGGAUUCACUUGAAAAUGCAAAUGACAAUAGCAAACUCUUAUAUGAUGAAAAAGAAAAGUAUAAUGAAUAUAGAUUUAUAUAGAAAAUAUAUGAGUUUCGAAGAAUAUUCCUAAAAAUAGCAAGCAUAGGUAAAGGAUAAGUCCAAUAACAACAGAAAUGAAGUAUAUUCAAGAAAUCCUGAAUUUUAUGAGUGGAAACAAUAACAACAAGGCAAGAAAUGAUUUAUCAAAUGAUUUAAUAUCAUGCAUAUUUUCUAUUAAACUAUCUGCAG